CACAUGCGCAGUCAGUGGUCGGUUGUCUUACCGUUUGGAUGGAUAGGCGUGAGUGGAAGUGAGCGGACGUAGUGCCUGAUCAGUGCAUGAGAAGCGUUGAGUAGUGUUGUUAACUGAUAUUGCAGUUCUUCAGUAACAGGGGAUUUGUUGAUUCUGACAUCAUAUUGCACUUGAGGAUUGUUGAUUUCAAUGGCAAUGCUGAGUGGUGGUGGAGUAACGGAGGUGUUUGCAGCUGCCAUCUUACUGCUUGUGUUCCUCUACCGUGUGAGCAAUGUAUUCCGCUACUAUUUUAAGUUUACAUUGUUCACCGUUUGGUGCCUUACCGCUGCUACGAUAUUCAUCCCCCUUAUGCUGUGGCGACCAAGAAGCUACAAGAAUGCCUACCUUCCAGCUUGGGGUGCACGGCAGUUGUCCAAAUUCCUGGGCAUUAAAUUUGAGAUUACAGGACAUGAAAAUAUUGUCCAGGAUUCAGGAUGUGUAGUCCUUAUGAAUCACCAGAGUGCUUUGGAUGUACUUGUUUUGGCUGAGAUAUGGCCUGUAAUGGAGCGGUGUACAGUUAUCUCCAAGAAGGAAGUUUUCUAUCUGUGGCCAUUUGGAUUGGGUUGCUGGCUCUGGGGGACCAUCUUCAUUGACAGAUUGAAUGUGGAGCGGGCACAGAGCACUAUCAACAACACAGGAGAUAUCAUACGUAAAAAUAAGGCUCGUCUGUGUUUAUACCCUGAGGGAACUCGUAAUAGCAGUUCAGCACUCUUGCCCUUCAAGAAGGGAGCUUUCCAUGUCGCUAUCGCAUCACAGGCCCCAAUUCAACCCAUAGUAGUAUCAAGAUAUUAUUUUCUUGAUGACACAAAGAGGCUGUUUAACCCAGGGUACAGUAUUAUCAACAUUCUGCCACCAAUACCAACAGCUGGAUUAACAAAAUUUGAUCUUGAAAUGCUGAUGGAGAAAACACGAUGCGUGAUGUCAGAAGCUUAUGUCAAGACAUCAGAUCACGUACUGGCUCAUUCAUCAACACCAAUAAUUAAUGGCAAGAAGUGCAACUGAUAGCAGUGCAGUAGGUUUGUCUCAAGCAGACCCCUCCAGUCACAAAAACAAAUACAAACUGCAAUGCAGUGAAACAUAGCACCAUCACAUGACUCACAGAAGUAAUAUUUUUAUAGUUCUAUUGUUGAAUGAGAGUAAAUUGGACACAUAUUUUUGACUGGAUAGAAGACCUAUAGUAGGUUGUGGGUAUCUGGGCAAAUCAUUCCAGUAGGGACAUUUAUAAAAAAGGGACUUGUGAGGUUCAUUGUUCUCAACUGCAACAGUGUGUGAAAACAUUACUUUAGAAUAGAUAUAGUUCUGAAGGCCCAUGUAUAAGAGUAAACAAAUUUUAUUCCAUUUAACAUAUCGGAAUAUUUGGAGUAACAAAUUUAGGAUAUAUAAAAAAAAAUUGCUUGUAAUCAGAAAUGAUUAAUGAUGGUUUAUAUACUGGUUUUGUAAUAGCUCACUGUAUUUUGGAGAAGAAGGGGGAACUUUGGCCAUUAAUAUAUCAUGACUUUGAAAUCAUUUUAUUUCCAUUGAGCAGCUGCAUCUCUGAGGAAAAUUCGUUGAGAUUGCAUACCUGUAUUCAAAACGAUUCCACAAUUCUCUGAUUUUAUAGCUGCCCUCCUUCCCAGAAGCCCAUGAAUAAAUAUGCCUUGAUGAAUCACAGUGCUGUAUAGAAACGAUGAACCUCUUUUUGCAGGUGCUGCUUAUUUAUACAAGGUUAUUCAUAGGUUAAAAAGGAAUUUGGUAAAACUAUUGAUAGUUUUACAGGGUUUCCUUGUUGUAUUGUAAUUGUUAUUAUGAACCAAAGUGUAAAAUAUAAAAUAAAAAUCAGUUCUGCCGUCAAAUUCAGUGAGAGAAGUGUGCAAGGUGCAACUAAUGGUUUUUCAAAUAUCCCCUGUUCUCUUCUUACGAAGGUGAUGUAAUCUUCAAUACCAUCAUAUGUAUUGUUUUAUUUUAGAACAGUGAUUUGAAGGGGCAGCCACCAGUUUUUAGUAUGUAAUGCAAAAAUAUAUGCGAUGAAGUUUUCAUGGCAGUGACUGUUCAGAUGGUGGUCCUCUAGGCCAGAGUUUCUCAAACACUGGGCUGCAGCCCAGUACCGGGCCCUGGAAUCAAUUAUACUGGGCAUUUGUCUUAUGAAAAAAGAAUUUACCUGGCCACAGUCUCACAGGGGUUGAGAACCACUGCUCUAGGCUGUGACAGUGUGUAGUCUUGUAGGUGGCUACCAGUGUUUUGAAGAACAUGCGGCCUUCACCAUCAGAAUUAAAUACCUACAACCCUAAAGAUUUUGAAACUUCAAUAUCUGUCUUAUCAAUCUACAGGAGUAGUGUUGAAAUCCAGACGAUCAUAAUAUAUUGCAGAAAUGUCAGAGAAAUCAGUAAUUUUGUUCCUAUCUUGGAAUUUUUUUCUGAGUAUGAUGCAAGUAGUGUAACACAUGUAUCCUCAAAGCUACAUUUUUUUUUCACUUAUGAAUGUGUUCCACUGCUAUGAAAUGUUUAACAUCAGAUUUAACUAUGGCAAAUUUAUUUGUAUAUGGAUGCAGCCAGUACAGAUUUUUUGCUUGAGAACUACUGCUGAUAGUCGUUUUAUGAUCUAACUCGGUGGAAUGCACCUAAACAAUAUAGAAAUUUAUAACUACAAUGUACAGUUGCUGCCAAAUAAAAUAAUUCUGGACAUUACUUCUGAUAGUGUUGAAGCAUCACUGAAUUGCAUUUAGGGAAAGGAGUUUGAGAAAUUUACAUUCAUAACAUUAAUAAUGCAUCUUAAUGCUGAGUAACAUGUAGCUUUUGGUUUUCUGAUGGAUUUGUGGAAUCCAUUAGUAAGCCAAAAUUGUCUAUUCUUCUAUUCAGACUUGUUUGUAGUCAUAUAAACUUUUUUUGGCCUUCAUAUCAGUGCAUGCUGUAAUGUAUAAUAUAUUAAAUUACUGCAAGUGUUUAUGUUAAACAUUUGUAGUAAUUGUUUCAAACACUAAAAAAGCCAGAAGACUUUCUUUGCUGCUUAUUUAAACUUUGGUUUAUUGGAAGAAAGAUAUAUUAUGUUCUGAAAUUAUGUGAGAUUAGAGGUUCUUACAGCAGGGGAUAUGAUGUCUUCUGUGACGUGAUGCCACAUAAAUCAUAUGAAUAUUUCAAAGAACGUGCUGCCCCCAUCUUCCAGGGAAGAGAUGGAGGAGGCAGGUUGCUCUGAUAUGUUGGUUCAAACUACAUGACAUGACAUGACAUCACAGAAGGACUGUAUUCUUCUGAAAAUUUGUUUAUAUCUUAUUGUGAUAUACCGUUAUAAUUAAUUUUUAUAUUAGCCCUUUGCUGUGUCUGAUGUAGAAUAUAUUACAAAUCAUGGUUUAUAAAAAUACUCAAAUUAACUACUCUGUGAGCUUUGGAUUUAAAUGGCAUAACAAGGAGUUAGAGUAGAACUGUAAUUAUGAAAAUAUGUCUGUGAGGAACUACAGUGUCACAGGAUGGAACCUUGUUUGAUACUGAUAUUUCAGCCAUGGUCACAUUCAGCUUCUAUUGUAUAGCAGUUAAUUUUUCUUGUUACUCAUGGGUAGAGAGUUCUUAAAAAAAUUAUACACAGCAGGUCAUAAUAUAAUGUCAUCAGUAAAUCUUUUUGACCUCUUUAUCUUCAAAUAAGGACUAGAUUGUUAAGAAUGAAUCCACUUACAAAUAUAUAAAUUUUUUGAUCAGCUAUCUUUAGAUGCACAGUUUCAUAUUCAUGUGCAUUACUUUGACUCUCUUCAUGUGUUUUAUUACUUUCUUUAUUGAUAUUUUUGGCAAAUAUGUGCCACUCUUCACAAAUAAAUAUGACAGCAAUGCUAAUGUAUCAUACAAGCACUUGCUUUGUUGAAGUGUUUGUGAGUUGCAUGGAGUGAAAUGGUUUCUCAUUGGUCCAACUGUACCAGAACAAGUUUUAGAUUGAAAGGUGCACUUAUUUAUCAGCUUUUACAAUCAAGGGCUUAGUUUCAAGCCAUAUGGUAAUUUUCCCAGCAUUGGCUUGAAACAGAAAGGCACCUGGAAUCACUGAUAAUUGGUCAGUGGUGGCAUCUAAGCUUACCAUUGAUUCCAUAUUUUCUUACAAAGUAAUCGUCAGGAAACAAAAGUGAGUAAUCAGUGAGGAAUGUUUAGUCUGUGAUCAAUAGCUGAUGUGAACAUGAAAUAUAAUAUCAGAUCAUUUGAAAAUAUGGCAUAUAUGAUGAACAGUCCUAGAAAAUCUAUAUAUAAACAAAGACAUAAAUAAACCUUCAAGAACAAAAAGGUGAAAGAUGAAUGCGUAUGACUAAUAUUUAUUUCACUGAGGUAGUGAAAUGUUUUUUUACCCUUCAGAUCUUUCACAAGUGGGUCUUGAUCUUCUAGGUGCAGGUCCUUGUUCCUUGUAUUUAAAUAUUUUUAUCCUACAAGAUGUUUCUGUUCUGUCAGUAUUAUAGUACUGUACAACUGAUAGCACUUCCAUUUCAAAAUUGUUUUAUUAUUACUUAGUGUAUUUUGGAAGUUAAUGAAUAAAAACUACAUACAAUUUAUGUUAUAUAUAAUGAAUAAUUUUGAAAAAAAGAAGUACUAUACCACCAUACUACUGUUGUAACCAAGUGUCAAUAACUGAUAUGUGCUGCCCCAGGCAUGUUCUGGAUUUGUUGUUAGGUAAAAACCGUUCUUAGACACUGUGUAAUAAUUGUGGCAAUUUAUCCAGUUCUCUGUACAUACAUGGAUAUUAAAACAUAGCAUAAUUAAAGAAGGAAUGACUCCACAGAAAAUUAUUCCGAAUCUGAAGAUGCUUCACAUCCUAAACCUCAUAAUUCUCAUAGAAGGAUCACUUUCAUUGUAAAUAAAAUAAUGAGACUGUUUCACUCCAUGUUGGAUUGUGUAUCUGUCUGUCUUUGGUGUGUCUUAGCAUGAUAUAAUGGCAUUGAAUUAUUUCCUGA